UAAACAAUUCCCUAAAACAUUGAACGCUGAAGGAAGAUUUUUGUUUAUCAUCAAAAAAAUUAAUAAAUUUAAAAAUAUUAAGGCACAAAAAUUAAAAUGGAUCCAGCACUUCUUAAAGAACGCGAGGCGUUCAAGAAGAGGGCGAUGGCCACACCAACAGUGGAAAAGAAGGCCAAAGUAGAAAAGGUCUUUGCUCCGCCAAAAGAUGAUCGGCCCAAGAAAAUUCGCCCUCCUACAGGUCCAAAACUGGAUGCCACCACCUACAAAACUAUGGCAGGCAGUUCGCAAUACAGAUUUGGUGUGUUGGCCAAGAUUGUAAAACACAUGCGAACCAGACAUCAAGAUGGUGAUGACCAUCCGCUCACACUGGAAGAUAUAUUGGAUGAAACGAAUCAACUUGAUGUUGGUCAAUCAGUAAAGAAUUGGUUGGGCUCAGAAGCCCUUAUGAAUAAUCCAAAGAUUGAAGCUACCCCCGAUGGUUUGCGAUUUAGUUAUAAACCUGUUUAUAAAAUCAAGGACGGCAAAAGUCUAUUGCGUUUGUUAAAACAACAUGAUCUCAAAGGCUUGGGUGGCAUAUUGCUGGAGGAUGUACAAGAAUCACUGCCCCACUGUGAAAAAGUACUGAAGAAUCGGGCUUCAGAAAUAAUCUUCAUUGUAAGGCCAAUUGACAAGAAGAAAAUUUUAUUUUAUAAUGAUCGUACUGCCAAUUUUACGGUUGAUGAGGAAUUCCAAAAACUAUGGCGCUCAGCCACCGUCGAUGCCAUGGAUGAUGCUAAAAUUGAUGAAUAUUUGGAGAAACAAGGUAUUCGUUCAAUGCAAGACCAUGGGCCCAAGAAACAAGUGCCAAAACGCAAAAAGGUUGCCAGUAAAAAGAGACAGUUCAAGAAACCCAGAGAUAAUGAGCAUUUGGCGGACGUCUUGGAAACAUAUGAAGAUAAUACUUUGACACUGAAGGGUGUGAAUCCCACAUAGAAUUAGAAAAAAAUCUCUUUUUUUUACCAUGAGUUAUUCAAUAAAACAAGUACCUUAUUAUUUUGAAGACAA